AUGGCAUCGUUGAUCGUUCAUACUAUCGUUGGUCUUCUAUUCCGACUUGUCUUAAUUUUUGUUGGUGACGUCUAUGAUAAAGAUCUAGCUGGUGAUGGACCGCUGUACACUGAUAUCGAUUAUCGUGUUGUCACCGAUGGUGCAAAUCAUGUUUUACACAACGAAAGUCCGUACCAACGUACAACAUAUCGAUAUACACCUUUGUUAGCUUAUUUACUAACACCGAAUCUACUUCUUGAUGAAAACUGGGGAAAAUUACUCUUUUCAAUUUGUGAUGUUCUUGUCGGUGUCUUCAUUGCAAGGAUCCUACCGUUGCAACACCGGAAAUAUGCAUUACUAUGGUUUUAUAAUCCCAUGUCUGCGAUAAUUGCAACCAGAGGUAGUUACGAGGCAAUCGUAGCUGCCACUGUACUUGCGACACUUUACAAUGCAAAGCAACCAAAUGAACGUACAUGGCUAACGGGAAUUCUCCUUGCAUUUGCCGCACAUUUAAAAAUCUAUCCAGUCAUAUAUUCUCUUGCAUUAUAUUUUCACAUUGAACGUAGUCUAUCCUUACAUCUGACAUUUCGUCGUUUUCAACUGGUGAUCUCUUUCGUUGCAACUACGAUUCUUCUCAAUGUACUCUUUUAUUACCUCUACGGUUAUGAAUAUUUACACGAAACAUAUCUCUAUCAUAUUAUUCGUCGCGAUGCACGACAUAACUUUUCACCAUACUUCUACUUAACAUACCUUAGUCCAAAUCACCAUUUACUUUCCUUGAUAACAUUUAUUCCACAAGUAUUGAAUACGCUCAUUUUUUCAUGUCGAUUAUAUGAUCAAUUGGAAUUAUGUUUAUUCGCAUUGACAUUUUCAUUUGUUACAUUUAACAAAGUGACAACAUCACAAUAUUUCCUUUGGUAUCUGAUAUUCAUACCUUUACUCUUGCCCAAUUUACGUUCAAUAUGGAAAACUUUGUUCAUAUGUCUUGUCGCUUGGUUAGGAUCACAAGGCUGGUGGCUUUAUGAAGCGUACCAACUCGAAUUUCAAUCGAAAAAUACAUUCGUCCAAAUAUGGCUAGCAUCGAUUCUCUUCGGUUUUGUCAAUGUUUUCAUCCUAUGUAUCAUUCUUUGCAAUUACCGUCAGAUAAAAUCUGUACAUGUUCCACCUGAGAAGACAAAACUAGAAAAAAAGAACGAUUAA